UUGAGCACUUUCAAUUCAUCUUGCCGCUUCAGAUUGUUGCGUACUCUUGAGCGAGCUGUACCACGAGAACAAUUGCGAGAAAGCUUGAGGGUACAGGUGCGAACCUUCUUUCCGCAUUCAGCGGGUAACGUGCUCAUUGGUCCUUCGCGCUUUGCUUUUGUCUCGCCGGCUUUCAAUCUUCAUUUUGAGAGAAAAAUGCCGUCCAUCACAGUCCAGUCCAGCCCGCCUGGGUCGCCGCCCCCGACGCCAGCACCGGAGGAUGACUUGACCCCCCCUGAGCAACAUACCCCGGUGCAAAGCUCAGAAUGGAUGCCCACGCUCCAUUACCAAGCGGUAUGCAUCGGCUCUCUUCAGCCUGGCCCUCAACACAUCACGCUCAAGGGCCGCGUAGUCAAUGCUCAUGAUAUCCCCAAGCCGAGUAAGCGACCUCAGACCGCCCAGGGAUACGUCAAAAUCAUAAUAGCCGAUGAUACGGGGGCCAUGACCGUGAGACUUUGGUACGCACAUGUUGACUGGGCCGUAAAGCUUCGUCUGGGAAUGCUGGUGUCCAUCUGGACGGUACAUGUGAGCCACGGAAACUCCGAGUCCGUAGGGUUGGCGCCCAAGGCUGCACCUUUGUUCACUUCCAUGUUUCCGGAGGGGGAGAAACACUGUCACUUUAUGAUGCACGACGGGAGUGAAAAAAAUACCAUGCUUAAACGGCCGUUCAAGGCGGGACCUCUGGCUGUGCCUGGUCUGAUGACGCUGAAGCAAUACUUGGAUGGCGGCUUUCACGUCGACGAAUGCAAGGUCAUGGUCUGCGUAAAGUAUAUCGGAGCGAGAACGGAAUGUAAGUCAUGCGGUCAGUUCUAUUCUUUCGUGUGGAGAAACCAACAUGAGCACAUAGUCAUCAAGAACAAUGGCGCAACAUCCGAACUGAUCACUAUUGGCAUCCUCGACGACACCGCACAAGCCUCCCUUACCCUCUAUGGUUUUCUCAGCAGUUCUGCAACCACAUGGACACCUUCCCAUACUGUCCUUUUGCUCGCGAGUCCGAGAUGUCGUAUUGGGCGCGGGGCCAGGCUUUCGCUGGGCACCGACACACAGUUGUAUAUCGAUCCGGACAUGCCCGAUGCUCGCCUUGUACGAGCACUCAGCCAGCGACUGAGCAAAAGGGAGCACGCCAUUCCGCCUUUCCCGCCACAGAUGGAGACUACUGAGACCGCGGCAAUCAAGAUUUUGUUCAAACUGAGCGAGAUUGAUGAGAUUGCGCGGUCGAAUCCGCCCGAUAACAUCAUGGGCUACAUCAGCGUUGUUCUCACGGGCGUCCAUCUCGUAGCCAACUGCCAGCGAAAUAUGUUGAUGGGUACAGAGUGUUGCGGAAUCCCUCUCUUUGCAAACUCUGCCCAUGAGAGGUGUAGGCAUUGUGAAACAGUGAAGGCGCUGCGUAUCAACCCGCACAUUCUGGGAAACAUCAUCGACGAAACAGGCCAGAUCGAAUCGGGUAAACUCAUCUUAUCGAAUACAGCAUGGGAGCAACUCCUCGGUAGAACGGCCGAUCAGUUGGUCUCUGCGUCUCUGGACGUACUUGCGUACCUUGAAGCUCGACUGAUGUUCCUCAGACUGACAUUUGGGUUCGGUCUCGACCUUGGAGAUGUCGGUAUCGGCAGAUUGGCGGUUUGGUGCGUGAAAAUGUAG